UUUUCAAAACCUAUUCGAACUCUCUUUCAAAAUGACCACUGAUCAGGUGCGGAUGUAAGACAGUGCUAAUAUUAGUAUCGUUUUUCAGGAGCUACCUUCCUUAAAGCUAGAAGAGCAAGUUACAGAGAAAAACUAUUAUUCGCGUACAUCGCGGACCGCGCUAAGGAGAAAGGAGCCAAGCUACAUCAACUAUUUGUGAGGAGACGAACCGGACCCCCCAUACAAAACCACCCUUUUGUAUGGAGAGCUGGCAACGUCGGGAUGAGCUAUGACUCGAGGCGGGAAGUGCUGACUUUGAGGCGAUGUGCGCAUGCGCGCCGCGGGCCUCGGGCGGUCGGAAGUCGUGCUUGACUCCGACUGCUCGAGCCGAAAUCAGUUCGUGUUGGGUCGUUUUUCAGAGCGACUUACCCACCCGAGCUCCGGCUCAAGUCGUAAACUUAUAUAUCCAUCAUCCUUGGUUGAAGCGUCAUCCCGCACUUUUUGAACCAAGCAAUAAACCAAAUGGAACAUUUCACGAUGUUACCCUCAUUUCUUCGGGAGAAUCCGUAACUUAGAGUGACCCUUGCACCUACUAUAGCCGUUGCUGCCCUCGGGAGAGUGAUAGCUGUCGUAGUUGGAGGCCACCGCUCUAGGGUGCGGAUAAGACCCCAAAGGCUCUCUAUAGUGAGUACCCGCCGUUGCUGCCUUCGGGAGAGUGAUAGCGACUCACAUAUAGGAAGUCCAAACCCCCCCCCCUUUUCACCACAUUACAUGGUUGGAGGCGCUUGUCUUUUCCCCAGGGAGAAGUCGAUCAGGUACGCAGUACCUAGGAAUAGGUACUAGGAAUUUAAGACGCUGAUUCACCAGAAGGGUCGAUCAUUCAGUCGUUUUGUCUCCACGUAUUUUUCCUCAGAACUCUACACCAUCGCGUCAUCGAUCAUUAAAUUCCUCGGAGUUUAUUCGGGACCAAAAACUAAUUUUUUUUUCUGCUCAAAUUUUUCACUUGAGCUCAAAAGAUUGUAUUUUUUUUUUUCUCUCAAAAAAUUAGAUUUUACUUUUGAUUCGUAAAAAUCUUUCUUAGAAAAUAUUGAUUUUGUUUUCUUGACAUUGUGAAUACUCUCACAGAGGAAGCUGCAACGAUGAAGGAUCACAAAUUGAUUUUUCAAUUCGGACAAAAAACAAUCACGGUCACAGCCAACGAACUGCUGCCUCACAUCAAAAAGGAGCUACCAAGCUUGGCAUUGCAAGGGAAAAAGAAAAUAAAUGUACUCACCUCCCUUAAACAAAUCAAAACGGAAAAAACCCUAAAGUUUUUACAAGAAGAAUUAGGUAUCCAAUUACCCUCAACAGAAAAACUGCAAGAAAUUACAUCGAUGGAAGAAGUGGGCGACAUACUCGAGGACGGAUCAUCAAAUAACUCCAGCGAAAACGAAGAAGGAGAAGCAGACGAAAACGCCACAGCGAAUAUCCAUAGAUUAAAACACCCAAGCAAACUCACAAAAGAGGAGCUGAUUGCAGAAUUGAAGAAAUUCGGAGUACCGUACGUGUUUGCAAGUACAAAAGACGCAGCUAGGACACUAGCAAGAAUACAAGAAGGGACUCUGGAAGUACCGCAGACUCCAGCAGAGGAAAUUUUUCAAGACACUUUCAGUAGAAUCUCUAAAAUAGCGUCAAUGCCCGUCCAUAAAACAUUGCGAUAUGAAACGCAAUUACAGGAUCUGAAACAGAACACUGUACAAAAUCACGAUGCAAUGCACGGUGAUCCGCAAUCACAGGAGAAACCCCUCAGUGAACUUUCUGGACCUGAGAGUCGACAGCUCGAACACCAACGAAUAACUUGGGAGUCAGCCACCAAAAAUUUGGGAGCUAUCCCAAAAUCAGUAACAGGAACCACGCAUGCAAAAACUCAGAAAGAACCAUUUUCCUGGAAAGAUCAAAGAAAUUACAGCAAAACUGGCCCAUCCUCUCAAAAUAAAGGCUACACAGAGGUACUCAACCACACACAUAAGCAGGACAGAGAUUAUUACGCGGAUUUAAGCCAAAAUCAUAAUAACCUCCCUCAGCGCCUAGGAGAUAGGCAACACCAAAUACACCAAAAAGCAGACCAAUAUUGGUACGAUUACUCUCACCAGUCCGACCACCAGCCGACAUCCGUAAUGCUCCAAGAUCAAUUUACUACACGUGAAACUCAAGAUCAGUCAAGUCGUAAAACUUUCAGUCAAAUGCAGCUCAAAUCGAGUCAAGUCAAACAUACUGCUGAAAAUAAUCACAUGCAAAAUAGAUACCUGCCAAAUAAUCCACGAGACCACCCUACCAGCGGGUAUGAAAAUUUCACGCAAUAUCAGUCUCGUCCAGAAUGGGGAAAUCAGCGUGAAAACAACAACGGAAAUUUUCUGAUGGGUUUGCGUCCUCCAAAACUAGAGAUUCCAAAAUUCGAAAAAAGCACAGCUAUGGACUGGCUCACUAGAUUUGAGAUGAUAAUGGGUCAAUACCCAGACGAAAUGAAAAAACGCCAAUUAAUAGCAUGUUUGGCAAAGGAUGAUAAUCAAUGGUUACAAAACAACAUUUCAGAUAUUCAGGAUGGUGAUUGGCAAGGUAUCCGGAAACUGUUUGUUUUUUACGAAGACGACAGAAAAGGACAUUUUGAGGAGCAGAAAAAAUUCGACGAAACGGCUCAGGGAGAAGCGGAAACAGGAUUAAACUAUGUGGAAAGAAAACUCAGGUUGGCCCAGAGGCUAAUGCAUCCCCCUCCGAUUGCAGAAAUAAUAAAAAGCGUAAUUAAAGGACUCGACGAAUCAUUGAAACAUCUCGUAUAUAACAAAAAUCCACUAACAAUUACAGACUUACGAAUGAGUGUGAAAAGAGCGCAAGAUGAUUGCCAUAUCCUGAACCCCAGUGAUAGCCUGUUGAAACAGCUCAACAAGACGUCCGAAAGCAUCAGCACGCAAGUAAAGACCAUUUUGGAAGAACAACUACGAAAUCUAAAUAUUGAAGGAACCAAGCACGCAAAUCAAGUCACGUUCGCCGAUGAAAGAAAAGAAAAACAACGAUGGUCCAGACGGGACGCCUACGAAGGAGAGAAUACAACCCGGAAGCCACGUGAUUCAAGUUUCAGGAGGAGAUCCUAUUCAAGGGAUAGGUCGACAUCAACACCUCGUUACAGAGAUUACAGCAGAGAUAGAUAUUACAACAAUACUCGGCAGAGUCGCGAUAGAUAUCAUAGAGACAAUGAUAGAUAUCCCAGCCAGGAUCGGAGAUCAAGAUAUUACAGCAGAGAUUUCACCCCAACAUAUCGAAAUCGUGACAGAAGUGCAAGUUAUCAUAGCCGCGAGAGAGAAUCCCGACGUUAUGGUAGAGAGAGCUCACCCGGAUAUCGCAGCCGGGAGAAUCCGAGAUAUCGCAGUCAGGAAAGGUCGAGAUAUCACAGCCGUGAGAGAUCAGGAUAUCACAGCCGUGACAAUGAACAAGACAAACGUCGAAGUCGCGAGAGGAGUUCCAGUAGAAGUAGAGAUGACGAGAGGGAUGAAAUAUCAAGAUAUCCGGAGAGAUCUCACAGCAACGAAAGAUAUCACGAUUCCAGAUAUGGAAAAACAAAUUGGAAGAACACAGAAGGCGGAAGAAGGAACAGAAGCCAGAGCGGAGACUCAAAAAACUGAGAAAAACUCAUCUGGAAGUGGGUCUGCAGAUGAGUCCACAGGAACUUAAGACCCCAAAAACCAAAUUUCCACAUUUUCGAAAACAAACAAAUCAAAAUUUUUCGGACAAGAUUCAAGGCACAAAAGCAAACUCACACAA